AUAACCUGUGCUUAUAAAUCGCCCCCAGUCUAUUCAACAUUCUACAGAGUUAAUCAAGUCGUUUAAGCACUCGUGUCUUGGAAAGGCUCAUGAACUUUUUAUCGCAAUUACCGUUAGUUCGGCACGUAAACGAUGAGAUUUCAGCUAAUUGCGUUGGUCGUGUUAUCUGCUUUGGCGAUGGAAAGCUGCAUGGGAGAGAGGAUUGUAGUGCUAUACCCAAUGGGUUCCAAAAGUCAUUUUUAUGCCGUACUGCCCCUACUAGAGGAACUGGCUGAACGCGGGCACAACGUGACCGUGUUCUCAGCAUUCAAGGGAAUCACUAAAACAAUAAAAAACGCCAAUGAAAUAAUUCUACCAUCGAUAGCACAGAAACUUGACGCCAUGGAAAUCGAUUGGUUCGCUAUGCAAAAACAAGGACCAACACAAAUUCUGACAAUGAUGAGUAUCAUGACCGACUUCGCCAUUUCGGCUUGUGAGGAAAUGGUGACGAAUCCGGAAUUUCGAAACGUCAUUAAAAAUCGUGACGUCGAUUUGUUCAUUGCCGACGCAUUCGGCAAUGAAUUCACCUAUCCGAUCAUAGAUAAAAUGGGAAUUCCGUUCGUCAUUCACGGAUCUUCAUCGCUCCUUCCGAUCACGCUGGACGCGAUGGGAGCGCCUAAAGAAUACGCCGCAGCUCCUACUAUGACGUUGGAUUUCGACAAUCACAUGAAUUUCUUUCAGCGACUCCUCAAUGUUGUGUCGGGAGAAUCGCUGAAAUUCAUGCGAGAUUAUUUUAUUAUAGCAAAAUUGGACGCGAUCGUUCAGCGAGAGUUUCCAGGUGUUAAAACUAUCCAAGAAGUCGAAGGAGACGCCAGCCUUUACAUUUCUAACGCUCACGCAGUCACCAAUUGGCCGCGUUCUUUACCCCCGACAGUCUUGACUAUUGGAGCGAUUCACGCCCGGCCGGCGAAACAACUUCCCCCGAAAUUCAAAGCAUUUGCUGACGAAGCAAAAGACGGUUUCAUCGUUUUAACGCUCGGGUCUUUCGUUUCAGUGUCGUCCAUGCCACAAGAACUGGUCGAUACUUUUAUGCGAGUCUUUUCUAAACUUCCUCAGCGAGUCAUUUGGAAAUGGGAGGCAACUAUUCCGGCAAACAUUCCGCCCAAUGUCAUGAUGGUUGAUUGGCUCCCGCAACAAGAUCUCCUCGGACAUCCGAAUGCCCGACUUUUUAUCACUCAUGGUGGAAUGCUCGGCACGCAGGAAACCAUUUACCACGGAGUGCCAAUGCUCGGUUUGCCAUUUGGAAACGAUCAGCGGGCUAAUGUUGCACGGGCUGUUCGAGACGGUUGGGGCCUGAAACUUGACUGGGAUAAACUUGACGAUCGCGUUUUAGAUGAAGCUCUAAGACACCUCAUCAAUGAUCCCAGUGUAAGAGCGAAUGCAACAAAAUGGUCACAGCUGAUGCGCGACGAAAUAAUGCCGGGUAAAGAUGUAGCUGCCUAUUGGAUCGAGUACGUUAUCCGUCACGGAAGCACUAAACACCUUCAAAUGGCCUCCAAAAAUAUGCCAUCCUAUCAACGUCAUUUGAUUGAUGUCGCAUUGUUUUUGGGAGCGAUUGCAAGUCUUUUUCUUUUGUUUGUUUUCAUGGUUAUUCGAACGUUACUACGGUGCUGUCGAAAGCCCAAAUCUGCGAAACUCAAAACAAAGUGAAGCGUUUUCUUUCAA